AUGAAUUACGGCCUUGGACUCCUCAUACUUUUGGGACUUCUACACUAUGGAUCAACAAUAGUAUGUUACGAAUGUAACAGCGCGAUAAACUCCAUGUGCUCGGACACUUUACUACCAGAUAGUUUGAAGAGGAACUGUUCUGACCACGAGCGAGGCGUUACUCAUACGCUGUGCAGGAAAAUUAUACAGCAUGUAGACCACGAGGUGAACGGCCACUUCCCCGUGAGCAGAGUCAUUCGUAGCUGUGGCUGGGACGAGACUAAAUACAAGGGAGCAUGCUACCAUCGUUCUGGCUAUGGAGGUCGUCAGGAAGUCUGCUCCUGUAUGACCGACCUAUGCAACGGCACGCACGAUCUCAACGCAUCGACCUUCUUUACUAUAAGCUUAGUUUACGCCGCAAACCAAAUGCAAGAGUAUGGUAGCGCCACAUCUAACAAGUCGGGAGAGUACCGCGAGUGCUCAGAGGGAAGAGAUCGCAGUCAAGAGAGCUCGAGCACGCAUCAUCAUCGUCCCGUAACACAGAAAAGUUAUGGUUGUCACAAUAAAGAUUUCGUCGAACAAAAUAUAGUAAACUAUUCGAAAAUUACAACUGGUAGUACCGAGUUGUCAACAAACCAGCAGUAUCAAACUACAAGAUACAAUAAUUCAUCAGCUCCAACCUUUAGUUCUCCGCCCAAUUCUCCUUUAGUUGGACUUGUUUUUGAUCCAACUUCAUCCAAAUACAGUGGACCUACUAUAAUGUCCGAUCGCCUUAAUGCUGAAAGACGUUCACAAAAUUCCUGGUCAGUAACUCCCCAAGAACCUAUUGGCACUGGCGCAAAGAAAAAAAUUAUAAAGAGUCAAGAUAAGCGUAAUGCUUACAGCACUGACCCUCGAUAUCAAGAAAGAUACAAAGAUACGAGUACAGAAACUGAUAGACCAAGGAAACAUGAGCAACAUUUGACCUCAGAAUCCACGUCCAGUCUUGAUUUUCUCGCAGAAGGAGAAAGGAUGGUUUCGGAACUUUGUAAUAUAACAGAUUCUAAUGCUAGAAAUGACCCUGUUUAUAGUAAAUCUAUAAAAUUCAAUCAAGAUGAUGAUAAAAAUAGACACGGCGAAUCUUCAGACAUUUUAAUGACAGCCCUAGACAGAAUAGUUAUUCAUGAUCAAAUUCCAAAUCAAAUCGUUCAAUUAGCAAUUGAAGCUUGUACUGACGCAGAAAAUAUAGCUAUUGCUCAUCACAAUCGACCGUGCUUCAAAAAUAUUCAUUCAAUUUGUGCCAAGACACGAUCUAACGUACAAAAACCCGACAGUGCUGUAGCUAACUUACAUUCACAAGGUAUACCAUGGGUCAUCAAAAAUUUUAUUUUCUCAUUUGUCAGAAUUUUGGAUGGGUGGAAAGGAGUUAAAGAAUUGCUAAGCGAAAAACAUGAUACUUUUUCUAGAAUUGAGAAUAAAUAUUACAGUCAAAACAUACGUGAAUGUUUUGUUCAAUGGCAAGCAGUUACAAAAGAAAUGUUAACGCAUAUUUACAAAACUUUCAAAUGCCUUGAUCAUGGGUUUACAAUGGAACAAAAAAGUUUUACUCAUAACUAUUAUGCCACGAAUUCAACGGCUCCAAGACAUCAAAAUCAAAAUAAAUUUCAACCUAUUAAACAGCAUAUUAGUAUACCAAGACCCAUAAAUGCUUCGCCACAUACAUAUAACGUAAUGCAACCACCGUGGGUUCAGGCUCAAACACCUCCAGUACCACAAAGCUAUCCUGAAAAUCAGUGGUCAAAUCGGUCAGCAAUUACAUAUAAAAAAUUUCCUGCAGUGCCUGCACCUAAUUCACAAAAUUUUUAUCCAUUAAACGAUCAAAGUGAGUCUGAAAGUAUUCAAAAGUCCCAAUAUAAAUGUGAUCCAUGUAGUAUACGCGAAUCAAAACCACGCCAAUCUUGGACUAUAACAAAUGUACCAGACUUGCGAGCAUUAGAAGGCAUGUGUCAUACUGAUCAACGAGAACUGUAUACACAAUUGAAACAUAGAAUGGAUGCGGAACUAGGUAAAGCACCUGGACAACCAAUAUUAAGUAGCACACCUUGUGAAUUACUACAACGUCGAGAAAUGGAAAUAAAACCGAAAAUGAUACCUUUAAGCCACGUCGAAAAAACAUUAAUACCUAACAUGUCAGCUCCAGGAGAUGUUAGAGCAUGUUUUGUACAAAGGAAUAAUAGUUGUGGUGAUACUAAAGAAGACAUUGAUUUUUUUGCGGCAUGGGGCCAGAUGGCUCAAAAAGAACCUAGUGAUUAUUUGACUCAUCAUACUCACAACAUUCAAAUCCCUCCAAAUGUUGUGACGAUCUCAGACAAUAUAUCUGGCCCCGUGCAAUUUAUCGAUCCUGAAAAUGAUGAGUUCCAUGAAAUGUCCAAAGUAUAUAUGAAACCAGGCAGUUAUAAAGUACCUAUAAAACCAGCCGACCCUUUAACAUCUUUUCUGCAAAAUUCUCCUCAAGAUGCUUCUUUUAAUACAACUAUUGAUGAUGCUACUGUCAAAAUAAAGUCAUCAUUUUCACAAGUAACUCUUGCUCCACAGCCAAAAUAUAACAUAGAAUCAUGGCCAUGUUUAAUUUCACGACGAGCUGAAGAGAUAUAUUCAGAAACCCAGAAAGUAACCCCCUCUAUUCUCUCGAUUUCAUGCUUGGACAUGCGUACAGUUGAAUCUCUAGAUAUAUUAAAUUCAAUGAUGUCCGACCAGGCCUGGGAAGCAGCUAAACAAUCAGCACCUAAAUUAAUGGAUUUUAUUUAUGAGGGAUCUAAGUCAGAUACAGCACGACUUUAUGAUGCUUUAGGAUUAAAUGGCAACGAUGAAAUGUCGACUGAUUAUAAACAGUUAUUAACAGAUAUAGAUCAGAGCCAUCGAUUUUGUCUGGAUGAUAAAAUAGACUCGAAACAAACACCUUCUCUAUGGGAUCAGCCAUCUUUUUGUCAAGGUAGUUUACAAGAUAAAAAUUAUGACAACGCGAUUUUAAAAGAUAUUACGUCAAAUGUAGCAAGUGAAGACCCGAAAAAAUCGGUAGAUGUCAACGAUCAAGAAGAAAUAGUUGAAAGUAAAGCAGAAGAAUCAAGGAUAAAUACUCAUCGUCGAAAUUUUGAUCAGACUGGCAGUUACGUGAAAGACGAAAAUCCAAGAAAAUGUAGUAAACCGAAAGUAGCUGUAUCAGGAAUGUGGUACCAUCCUAAAAAAAAGAAACCAUUAUCAAAUACAAUUGUAAAGAAGUUCGAAAACAUCAUUUCUACUUUAUCACAGUUGAACGAAGCGUCGUUCAUACAAGACGAUAUGGAUAUAAAAGUAGCCCCAAGAUUUUAUGAAAUUGUAAAGUAUCCAAUGUGCCUCAAUGAUAUAUCCACUAAGUUAAAAAACUCAUCUUAUACUGAAUAUGAUCAAGUGGUUCAAGAUUUCAAACGUAUUUUUAACAAUGUUAGACUUUAUCUUAAGAAUUAUCAAGAUUCUAACAUGAAAAAGAACCUCACAAAAGUAUCGUCUGAAUUUGAAAAGAUUUUAAACGAAGAAUUUCCGCAUAAGUGGGAUUCAAAAAGUAAGACACAUGAACAUACAGAGAACAAGGAACUAAAUAGCAAAAGAUCUGAAAAAGACGGUGAUGUUCAGAAACUUGAAACAAGAAAAGAUCUAAGAAAUGAUUUAAAGUCUAAUGAUAAUGAAAAA